AUGGCUCCAGAGAGUCCGUCGCCACUAUAUCUCUUCUACAAUACGCCUCUCGCCUCCGGGGGUCUUUCGCGCUCCUGUCGGAACUCACUCCCCUCGCAGGCUCCCGUUCAGUCUUCCGCCAUCGCCGCCCUCGCCACAGGUACCAAAUGCGCGUACCCACCACACGAUUUUCAAGACCACCGGGAUUCCGUCGCUCCGCAGGUCGCACCUCGAGAAUCCGUCUCUCAGCACCUCGAUCCCCAUCCAACUUCCAUCGAGCCACAGCCCCCUUCCUUCGCUCCCGGCGCGGCUCCGUCGCUCAUGGAGGCCGCGGGAGUGAACGCGUCGUUCGAAUCAUUUCCCGUCGGGCCCGACACUCACAUGUUCGCUGACGGGGAUUACGGCCUUGGUUUGCUAGACGACGCGUUUCACGGGCUCGAGACGUUUACGGACCUGUGUGACCUGCCGGGGCAAGCAGCCGGCGAACCGAGCGAUGUAACAGACGGAUCGCCAUCGUCUCAAAAGCUUCACAGUGAACCUGAAGGUGAUGCUGACGGUGGGCUUCUUCGCGUCGCAGGCUACUGCGAGCAGCUUCGCGAGCCUCACGGUGCAACGAAUUCGUCGCAGCACGCUGGUUACCCCCAAGACGGUCGACCAGAAGCGACGCCGGCGAUGCUGCCAGCGACGCUUUACUCGGCGAUGCCGUUAUUGCCGCCCAACGCGACGUCGUCGCUGCCGGCCCAGCAGCAGGACGGCUGGAUGGCGCUGCUCGCGGCGGACCUUGGGCUUGCCGACGAGCAGCCGCUCGGAAAAGGGUGCGCGGAUGGCGGCGCGGAGAGUAUCGAUGGGGAAGGCGUUGCGGCUUCCGCGGUUCAAUGCGGAGGAGCCCAGGGCGGCGCAGAAGGCGGAGUCGUGGGAAUACAAGGUGGCGUGAUAGCGGGGGAUGAGGAAGCGUACACGGAAAGCGCGAAUCUAGACUCGUUGGCGCAAGGCGGUGUUGGCGGGAUUUUCCCCGUGGGCGGGGGUCAGGCGGAGGCGGAUGUUGGGGAAGGGGGCGGAGCAGAUUGGGGAGGAGUUGCGAAUGAAGGGACAUUGGGUGGUGGAGUAGAUGUGUUGCAGCUGCAGCAUCAGCAGCAUCAGCAGCAUCAGCAGCAUCAGGAACAUCAGGAACCGCAGCAGCAGAGCCAUGAGUCGGCGUCCGUGGGUUGGCGGGGAGGCAGCCUGAACGGCAGUUGUCUGAACGGCAGCAGCCCCCACGCGUGCUUCUCUGGGAGCGACGGCGAGGCGAUGGUGCAAGCGACGGUGGCGGGAGCGGAGGACGGGGAAGGCGCGGAGCAGCAGCUGCACGGACAGGAGAAUCUGCAAGAGCAGUACUCGUACCAUAGCCAGGGAGAUAAGCAGCAGCAGCCGCAGACGCAGCAGCAGCAGUGGCCGCAACAACAGCCGCAAUGGCGGGUUCAGCAACCUCUGCUGCAGUUUUCUCACGCGCACGCUGCCUCACCCUCACCUCCUGCGGGCGAGCCCGCCUUCCCCCGAUGGACCUCUGCGCCCACGGCCCUCGCGCACAGCAGCCGCGCGCGCAAGGAGUAUCACAGCUCCGCGUGCCCAUGCGGGCGCUGUGCUCCUGGUGCGCGCGGGGAUAAAUGCACCGCGAGGUCUCAAUCCGCGCUGAUUUCUGCCGCAGGGGCGGGCAGCAGAGCGGGGGCUGGGGCGGGAGCGGGAGUGCGGGGGGCAGUGGUAGCUGGAUCAAGGGUCAGAGCACCUGCUGGUUCCUUUUCACCAAAAGUCAGUGCGGUUAGUGUGGGGGGUCGGGCUAGCCCUCCCAAGAAGCGACAGCAAGUUCUUGUAGUGACUUCUUCCGCUGCCAAUCCCGGCCGUCGACCUAGAGAUCUGUCUCAGCGAUUGGCGGCUGUGAUUGACCGGAUUGCUGCUGCGGACUCGCUUGUCGACGGUGGCUUAAGUGCUGGUGGUGACGGUGAUAUUCCUCGAGCUGCCGCUGCUGCUGCUGCUGCUGCUGGUGCUGGUGGGGUUGGGGUUGUCAUGGGCGGUGCAACGUCGGCGCUGUCUCUCUGGGACCGCGUGCGACGCGAGGGUUUGAGUCGAAUCAGCAGCUCUGGGACUGUUUCCGCGGCUGGCUCCCCCGCGGCGGCACCUGCUGCUACCGCGUCUGCUGCUCUUAACGCGGAUGACGGGUGGAGCUCCGGCGCGCUGCAGCGCGCAGCAGCAGGGGGGUUCCGCUUGGGGUCUGUGGGCGGGGAGCGGGGCGGAGAAACGGUGACUGGGAGAGGCGCAGGGGUAGGGGAAGGGGCAGGGGCAGGGGCAGGUGCAGCAGGCACUCACCACACGAGGAAGGGGGCAGCUAGGGGUGUGAUUAGUGGGGCUGGCAGGAGUGUUGGCAAGGGAGGAACGUGGAACGCGGGUUGUGUGGAUGGUGGUGCUGGUGAGUUAGAGCCGGUCGCAUUGACAGAGACGGGGAAGCGAGCCCUGUCUUUGGGUGGAUAUUGGCGUGGGUCUGGGAGAUUGGGUGAGGAGGAGGAGGAUGAGGAAGAGGAAGAGGAGCAGGAGGAGGAGGAGGAAGAGGCGGACGCGGUGGCUGAUGCAUACAGUAGUGGGCACGCUGGGGCUGUUGUGAAGAGGAGCAAUGAGAAGGACGUCUUUCGCAUGCUUUUUAACCGCGGCAGUGACAGCGACUGCGACAGCAACGGCAACCGCAGCAGCGGCAGCGACAGCCUGGUAUCUGGGAUUAGAGGGAAGGCGGCAGCGGCUGGCAAUUCAUCCCGUGCCCUCGCCCUGCCUGCACGGAGGCACUUCAGCAGCAUGAGCCACGCCACACACGCGGUUACCACCAACACCGGUUCUGACACACCCCCAGCGGUAGUACCCGACGAAGCAGCUGCUCCCGUGUCCUCAGCGCUGGCGCUACUCCCCUCUGCGGCCCACCGUGGCCUGUCCAAGAAUGACCUCUUCCUCCGCCUUGCUGCUGGCGCCCGCACCUCCAGCCCUUCUCAUGCCAACUCUCCCACUGCCCUCACCUCCCCCACCGCCUCCGCCGCCUCCCCCUCCGCCUCCGCCUCCGCCUCGCCUCCCCGCAUUCGUCCCUCGCUCCCUGCUGCCAUCUCUGCCACCAUCUCAGCCUCCUCCACCCCGCGCUUCUCCCUCGCCACCUCGAUGCCCAUGGCCAUACCCGCAGGAGCCAUCCAGAGGGCCAUUUAUCCGGAACCCAUCUACAUUGGGUGUCCGUUGGAGUCGCGGGCGGGUGAGGCGGUGGUGAGGGAGGCGGCGGGGGUGUGGCAGCAUGAGCCGAGCCUGGCGCCCGUGUCGUCCACUGCACGGCUGCGCACUGUGGACCAGCUCACUGCACUUGCUGAGGCAUACGCUACUGAUGACCUGGCCAAGAUUCGGUUUCUGAAUCGCAAGCUGACAAAGAAAGCUGACCCGAUGGGCGACCCACUGCAGCGCACGGUGCACUACUUCCUGGAGGCGCUCUCUGCACGGCAGGAGGGCCGCGGACUGGAGAUUUACUGGCGACCCCUCGACGUCCCCAUUCAGGAGCUCUCUCAAGCGGUGCUGCUGCUGUGCAGAACAGUCCCCUUUGUGCACACGUGCCGGACCGUAAUCCACGAGGCAAUACUCCAUGCCCUCGCCACCGAACCCAUCUGCACCCAUCUGCACAUCGUCGCCUUCGGCAUGUUCCCAGGAGACAACUGGAUGGGCCUGCUCCACUCGCUCCUCGACCUCCCCAACGGCCCGCCCCCCCGCAUCACCCUCACAGCUAUCGACGGGCCUACUAGCCCCGGGAAGAUCGCCAUGAAAACAGCGCUGCUGGAUUUCUGGCUUAAGUUUGAGGCGACGGCUGCUGCGCUGGGGCUGAAUUUCGAGUUCCGGCGGCCGGGCGUAAGGAUGGAGACGCUGCGCCCGGGGAUGGUGCAGCGGGGAGGGGAGCCUGGGGAGGUGGUAGUGGUCACGUGUGCCAUGCACAUGCAGUUUCUGCCUGAUGUGUCCGUGGUGCGUGCGAAUCAGCGCGACAUGGUGCUCAGAGCUGUGCAUGCCCUGCGCCCGGCAGCCUUUGCCCUGGUUGACAUUGACGCCAAUUUCAACGGGCCCUUCUUCCUCUCGCGCUUCCGCGAAGCAGCUAUGUACUUCACCAACCUCCUCUCCUGCGUUGACGCUUCGGGCCUGCCGCGCUCCUCGCCGCGCCGUGCCCUCUUUGAGUCCUCCUACCUUGCCCGCGACAUAGUCAAUGUUAUUGCUUGUGAGGGCCUUGACCGCAUGGUCCGGUCCGAACGUGUAGAGCAGUGGCAGGCCCGGUUGGAGAGGCUCGGAUUUUUUCCCCGAGCCGUUUCGCCGAACCUUGUGGACAAGAUUUUGGAUCUGGCGCCGUUUCGGGUGGGAGGCAAGAGAAGAGGAAUCGGUGGUGCUGGUGGUUUCAGCGGGAAUGGGGUCGAGGUGGGGUAUGAUGUGAAGGAGAAAGGGCACACGGUGCAAAUCACAUGGAAUGGGGAAAGGAUUAUAUGGGCUGGCCUCUGGUGUGCUGCACCACAGAUGAAUGCGGCGAGCUCCCGCCCUAUGGUCUUGUGA